UUUCUUUCUUCUAGUGGUCCAUUCCACCCCCGCUUCCAGUGAAGGUGUGGCUGCCUCACGGCCACCGAUUGGAAGAAAAUAACGCGACAAUGGACGAAAAUAAAGCCGUUCAAUACCUGGACUCGUUGAUCGGUCGGACUCUACGAGUGCACGCGACAGACACGCGCAUUUUCGUGGGCACCUUCAAGUGUACGGAUGCGGCACGAAAUAUCAUCCUUGCCAGCACCUACGAAUACCGCUUCCCUUCGCCAGCUACCGUUCGAGAUGCGGCCACGGGUACGAAUGAUUCAGCCGCUGGUAGCGCAGUGGAUGCCUCGAACGUCAAAGUGAAUAUGACCAGUCGAUUUAUCGGUCUUGUGGUCGUUCCCGGUCAGCAUAUUACCAAAAUCGAGUUGGAAGAGCCUUCGUCGAGUCGCGCGCGGGACCCUCUCAAGAAAUAGAAAAGAAUGGCAGUACUCCAUGGCAUGAAUCGGUUGCCAAAUUGAACGGCCACCCCCAUAGAAGUUGAUGGGCGGUCAGAGGGAUAGGGCGGUAUGGACAAAUGCACCUAGCGCCGAGUCUGCAUAUAACUGCGCAGUAAUCUCAUCACACAUCCCAUCGUUGGAAUUCUUU